GUACAGGAAGGGCGUUCCAAAAAAAGCCCACAUACUGUACGUGUUCAUCCCGGAUUUUGGGAGGAAACGGAGCACUCGAGGACCCGAGGCUGCCCACAGAGCCAGAAGGACACCGAAAGCUCCGUACCACAAGAUGGAUUCACAUCAAAAUGGCCACACGGAGGUCCACGGACCUGUGGCUGGUGUGUAUCUGGAGAAAACAAAAGAGAAGAUUACCAUAUAUCAAGCCAUGAAGAAACGUCUUCUUCAGCCAAUAACAGCAUUAGCCCUGCUGGAAGCACAAGCUGCCACGGUGGGCAUCGUCGACCCAAUAAACAAUCGAACCCUUCCCGUUGCUGAUGCUGUUACGGAGGGAAUAGUUGGACCGGAGAUGAAAGAGAAACUCCUCACGGCCGAGAAAGCUCUUAAUGGCUAUGUAGACCCAUACACCAACCAAACCAUAUCCUUAUACCAAGCUGUGCAAAAAGAUUUAGUCCCAAGAGACUAUGGAUUGAGGCUUCUGGAAGCACAGAUCACCACAAAAGGCCUGUUUGAUCCCAUUGAGAAGGCAAAUAUUUCAGUUGAAUCUGCGAUUCAAAAGGGCUUCUAUGAAAAGGGUUUGCUCAAUGACAAGAUGUCGGAGCUCAAAGUGUACUACAGUCCAAGCUUACAAAAACAUCUCAACUACAAAAACCUCAUUGAGAAAUGCACUUUGGAGUCUGACACAGGCCUGUUGCUCCUUCCUGUUUGCAUCACGUUCAAAGGCUUGCGAAAAGGUAUUUCCUCCAAUCAACUCCUCGAAUCAAAGAUCAUUGACAUAAAAACAUUUGAUGACCUACAGAAGGGAAAUACCACUACACAGGAUGUGAUGUUGAUGGAAACGGUAAAAGAAUACCUGGAAGGCAAAGGAAGUAUUGCCGGCAUUGCUGUACUCUCAUCCAACCAGAGAAUGAGCAUUUAUGAAGCCAUGAAAAAAGGUGUACUGAUGCCCGGAACAGCACUAGUUCUACUGGAGGCACAAGCUUCAACUGGAUUCAUGAUUGAUCCAGUGGAAAAUAAGACGUUCACUGUGGAUGAGGCAAUCAAAAGCAAACUUGUUGGCCCUGAAUAUUAUGCAAAGCUGCGUUCUGCUGAGCGAGCAGUAACUGGCUACAAAGACCCAUACUCGGGUGAAACUAUAUCCCUGUUUCAAGCACUGUCAAAAGACCUCAUUGUAAAGGAACAUGCGAUCCGUCUACUUGAGGCGCAAAUUGCCACAGGGGGAAUAAUAGACCCUAUCAACAGUCACAGACUGCCAACAGAAGUUGCCUUCAAGAAAGGUUAUUUUGAUCAAGAAAUGAACGCCAUACUAGAGGAUUCGGGGGACGACACAAAGGGUUUCUUUGACCCGAACACAGAAGAUAAUCUCACUUAUCUUCAGCUGAUGCAAAGGUGCGUCAUUGAUCCCAGCACUGGACUGUGCCUCCUCCCACUCUUUGGAAAAUCCAACGAGCAGAAUUUUAACUUCAUUGACUGGCAAACCAAAAUGACCUUCAAAAAGGAGAAGGUGAAUGUGACAUGUGGAAAGUACACAGGAAUGAUGGUGUCCUUGUGGGAACUGCUGAUGUCAGAAUACUUUGAUGAAUGCCAGAGGCGAGACUUCAUUCGGAACUACAGAGAGGGGAAGUUCAAUAUCAGGAUAAUUAUCACAAUGGUUCUGGAAGUCAUAGAAAAGUCAGUGAAAACCACCAAUGUUGUCUUUGAAGGCAUCAGAGAAACUGUCACAGCCAAACAACUGGUGGAGGCCGACAUCAUUAGUAAGGAGGUGAUGGAAGAUCUGGAAAAGGGAAAAAUAUCAGUGAAGGAAGUGAUAGAGGAUGAAAAUGUAAAUGUGUACCUACAGGGGAAAGACAGCAUCGCAGGCGUUCUGCUUCCGGAUUCUCGUAUCAUGACAAUCUACCAGGCCAAACAAAAAGGGAAGCUGAUGCCAGGAACGGCUCUGAUUCUACUGGAGGCCCAGGCAGCAACAGGUUUCAUAAUCGACCCUAUCGGAAAUCAGAAGUAUUCAGUGGAUGAUGCUGUCAAAGCAAAGAUUGUGGGACCCGAUGUGUGUCAAAAGUUGCGCUCAGCAGAGAAAGCGGUCACUGGGUACAGAAAUCCUUACGAUGGCCAAAUAAUAUCUUUGUUCCAAGCCAUGCAAAAGGAUCUCAUCCUAAAAGACCAUGGAAUUCGACUUCUGGAGGCACAAAUUGCCACUGGUGGUAUCAUUGACCCAGUAAACAGUCAUCGCAUUCCUGUACACAUGGCCUAUAAGAAGGGAUACUUUAAUAAGGAAAUGAAUGAGAUCCUGAGUGACCCAAGCGACGACACCAAAGGAUUCUUUGAUCCCAACACCUGUGAGAACCUGACAUACUUGCAGCUCAUGGCCAGAUGUGUCAGAGAUCCCACUACAGGGCUGUGCCUCUUGCCACUCAAAGGCAAAAGCAGCAGAGUUAACAUUGAUGAUAAUAUUAGGGAAGUGUUGAAAACAACCAAAGUUACUGUUAAGUAUGGCAGGUUCAAGGGCAAACACACAACAAUGUGGGAUCUUAUUAAUUCAGAGUAUCUGACAGAGGACAAAAGACAGGAGUUUUUUAAACUCUUCAAGUCAAGGAAAAUCACCAUUGAGCAGCUCAUCGUCGCCAUUUUAGAGAUCAUUGAGAGCAAGGAGAUUCAACAACAAGCAGAGCUAAGCUUCACUGGUCUCAGAGGAGAGGUCUCUGUUAAGGAUCUUUUGCAGCUCAACAUUGUGGAUGAAAGAACAUACAACAGCAUGGUUGAUGGAAAGAUGACCAGCACAGAUCUGAUGAAAAUUGCGAGUGUGAGAACCUAUCUGCAGGGGAAAGGUUGCGUCGCUGGUGUGAUACUUCAACCCUCAGAUCAGAAGCUAAGCAUCUACGAGGCACAGAGAAUUGGCAUCCUCACACCUGGCACCGCCCUCUGCCUUCUUGAAGCACAAGCCGCCACAGGAUUCAUUAUUGAUCCUGUGAAAAACCAGAAGCUUACGGUGAAACAAGCUCUCAGAGAGAAGGUAGUUGGUCCACAGAUGCAAGAAAAGCUUUUGUCUGCAGAGAGGGCUGUCACUGGUUACACAGAUCCCUACACUGGUCAAAAGAUCUCACUCUUCCAAGCCCUGCAAAAAGAUCUAAUUGUCAAGCAGCAUGGCAUCCGUUUACUUGAGGCCCAGAUUGCGACAGGUGGUAUCAUUGAUCCUUUGAAGUGUCUUCAUUUGCCCCUUGAGGUUGCAUACAGGAAAGGGUAUUUUGAUGAGGAACUUAAUCAGAUCCUAUCCGACCCGACUGAUGACACAAAGGGCUUUUUUGACCCAAAAACACAAGAAAAUCUGACAUACAUGGAAAUGUUGGGAAGAUGUGUAAAAGAUAAGGAAACAGGACUGUUUCUUCUGCCUCUGAAUGACAAACCAACAGCUGUGGGAACAAAGGCCAAUAUGUACACUAAUACAGAGAUUGAGCAAGAGUUUGAAAAGACAACUGUGAGCAUAUCAGUUGGACGUUUAGCAGGCAAAUCAGUAUCUUUGUGGGACUUGAUUCACUCUGGGUACUUCACUGAGGAUCAGCAGCUUGAAUUCUUUGAAAAAUACAGAACAAGAAAGAUAACUACACAAACCAUAAUCACAACAGUGAUUUCCACCAUUGAAAAACUGGAAAAUGAAAAUGCCAAAAUGAUCAUGGGCUUGAGAAAACCUGUCUCUGUGCAACAACUUCUGGAUUCUGAUAUCAUUGAUGCAAAUACGCUAAAACAGGUAAAAGAAGGAAAAGUCACUCUUGAGGCACUAAUCCAAAGUGAACCUGUCAAAGGGUAUCUGCGGGGAACUGGGAGCAUUGCUGGAAUUAAGGUUCAUCCAUCCCAGAAAGUAAAGAGCAUAUAUGAAGCAAAAAAUGAAAAUCUGUUGACCCCUGGCAUUGCACUAUUACUGCUUGAAGCGCAGGCUGCAACAGGAUGGGUUAUUGAUCCUGUCAAAAACAAGUUCUAUAAUGUUGAUGAGGCAGCAAGAGAGAAAGUAAUUGGACCAGAUGUACACGAGCAACUUCUCUCAGCAGAACGUGCCGUCACUGGCUAUAAAGAUCCAUACACAGACGCAACAAUAUCACUGUUUGAAGCCAUGGAUCAACAGCUGAUUCAAAGGAGUGAUGGUAUUCGUCUUCUUGAUACACAGAUAGCAACAGGGGGAAUCAUUGACCCAAGUCAAAGUCUGAGGCUUCCUAUUCAUAUUGCUCUUAAAAAGAGAUAUCUGGAUGAAGAAGUUAGAAAAACUCUAAAUGCGAGUGGUGACGCAAAGGGAUUCUUUGACCCAAACACUAAAGAAAACCUCUCUUACGUUGAGCUGAUCAAGCGAUGUGAAAACGAUCCUGAAACAGGACUACUCCUUCUACCCGUGCUAAGAGAGGAAUCCAAUGCAUUUCACACAUAUGAGCAAAUCGAGCUUGCAUUUAAAAACAAAAACAUCACCAUGAAUGCAGGAAAAUUUAAAGACAAAAAGGUGACUUUAUGGGAAGUGUUGCUCUCUGAAUAUAUAUCAAAACAAAAAAGGGAACAGCUCAUACAGCAAUACAAAGCAGGAACCAUGAAAAUGGAGGAGAUCAUUGAAAUACUCACCAUCAUUAUUACAGAGGUAACAUCCAAGGAAAGAAAGUUCAAAGGACUAAGAAAAAAGGUCUCAGCCAGUGAGUUGUAUGAGUCAAAGAUAAUCUCAAAGCAGCUUUUCACACAGAUCAUACAAGGAGAAGUCACUGAUGAAAGCAUUGACGAAAUGGAAUCGAUUCAGAAGUAUCUUGGAGCUACAAAUUGCAUAGCUGGUGUCAGAGUUGAGUCUACAAAGAAGGUUAUGAGCAUCUACGAAGCUAGAACAAAAAACCUGUUGACCCCUGGGACAUCUCUUGUGCUGCUAGAGGCCCAGGCUGCCACUGGCUUUGUCAUAGACCCAGUGAACAACAAGAAACUUUCUGUAGAGGAAGCUGUGGCUCAAAAAGUGGUCGGCUGUGAGUGGAAAAACAAACUGCUUUCAGCUGAAAGGGCAGUUACAGGAUACAUAGAUCCCUACACUGGAGACACAAUUUCCUUGUUCCAGGCCUUGAAAAAGGAUCUCAUCGUCAAGGACCAUGGAAUUCGUCUCCUUGAGGCACAAAUUGCCACCGGAGGCAUAAUUGACCCAGUCCAGAGUCACAGAGUGCCUGUACAGGUGGCCUACCAAAGAGGCUACUUUGAUGAAGAGAUGAACCAGAUUCUGUCUGACCCUGAUGACGACACAAAGGGCUUCUUUGAUCCCAACACAAAAGAGAAUCUCACCUAUCUUCAGCUGAUUGAAAGGUGCAUCACAGAUCCCAUCACAGGCCUUAGCUUACUGGUGAUUGCCAAGAAAGGAGAGUUUUACUUCUUUGUUGAUGAGGCAACAAAACUCAUUCUGAAAUCCACGACAACAACUAAAGCAGGAGGGAGAUAUCUAGGAACACAAGUGUCUCUGUGGAAUCUGCUCUACUCCAAGUACAUCACUGAGGAGAAGAGGAGAGAGCUUGUGCAGCAAUAUAAGUCUAAAUCAAUCACAAUCGACCGCUUCUUGGAAAUCAUCCUGACAAUCAUUCAGCAGCAGACCGUGUCAACCUCCUCAUCUUCAACUGUCAUGUGCCAACCACCAGAGACAAAUGAGAACAGCAGCUCAACUAAAACCAUCAUCACCACUACAGUCACAGAGACAGAUGAAAGUCUAAACUUCCAUGGAAUCAGAAGGGACGUCACUGCUGCAGAGUUACGUGAAUCUAAAAUCAUCAAUGAGGACCUCUUCAAAAGUCUUAUCACUGGGAGUGUCACAGUGACGGAAGUUAGUGAGAUGGAUUCAGUGCGUAAGUACCUUGAGGGGACCAACAGCAUUGCAGGAGUGUACCUGCAGUCUACCGAAGAGACCCUAAGUAUCUAUGAGGCCAAAGGCAAAGGUCUGUUAACUCCUGGUACAUCUCUGAUCCUGCUAGAGGCCCAGGCUGCCACUGGCUUUGUCAUAGACCCAGUGAACAACAAGAAACUUUCUGUAGAGGAAGCUGUGGCUCAAAAAGUGGUCGGCUGGGAGUGGAAAAACAAACUGCUUUCAGCUGAAAGGGCAGUUACAGGAUACAUAGAUCCCUACACUGGAGACACAAUUUCCUUGUUCCAGGCCUUGAAAAAGGAUCUCAUUGUCAAGGAUCAUGGAAUUCGUCUCCUUGAGGCACAAAUUGCCACCGGAGGCAUAAUUGACCCAGUCCAUAGUCACAGAGUGCCUGUACAGGUGGCCUACCAAAGAGGUUACUUUGAUGAAGAGAUGAACCAGAUUCUGUCUGACCCUGAUGACGACACAAAGGGCUUCUUUGAUCCCAACACAAAACAGAAUCUCACCUAUCUUCAGCUGAUUGAAAGGUGCAUCACAGAUCCCAUCACAGGCCUUAGCUUACUGGUGAUUGCCAAGAAAGGAGAGUUUUACUUCUUUGUUGAUGAGGCAACAAAACUCAUUCUGAAAUCCACAACAACAACUAAAGCAGGAGGGAGAUAUCUAGGAACACAAGUGUCUCUGUGGAAUCUGCUCUACUCCAAGUACAUCACUGAGGAGAAGAGGAGAGAGCUUGUGCAGCAAUAUAAGUCUAAAUCAAUCACAAUCGACCGCUUCUUGGAAAUCAUCCUGACAAUCAUUCAGCAGCAGACCGUGUCAACCUCCUCAUCUUCAACUGUCAUGUGCCAACCACCAGAGACAAAUGAGAACAGCAGCUCAACUAAAACCACUAUCACCACUACAGUCACAGAGACAGAUGAAAAUCGAAACUUCCAUGGAAUCAGAAGGGACGUCACUGCUGCAGAGUUACGUGAUUCUAAAAUCAUCAAUGAGGACCUCUUCAAAAGUCUUAUCACUGGGAGUGUCACAGUGACGGAAGUUAGUGAGAUGGAUUCAGUGCGUAAGUACCUUGAGGGGACCAACAGCAUUGCAGGAGUCUACCUGCAGUCUACCGAAGAGACCCUAAGUAUCUAUGAGGCCAAAGGCAAAGGUCUGUUAACUCCUGGUACAUCUCUGAUCCUGCUAGAGGCCCAGGCUGCCACUGGCUUUGUCAUAGACCCAGUGAACAACAAGAAACUUUCUGUAGAGGAAGCUGUGGCUCAAAAAGUGGUCGGCUGUGAGUGGAAAAACAAACUGCUUUCAGCUGAAAGGGCAGUUACAGGAUACAUAGAUCCCUACACUGGAGACACAAUUUCCCUGUUCCAGGCCUUGAAAAAGGAUCUCAUCGUCAAAGAUCAUGGAAUUCGUCUCCUUGAGGCACAAAUUGCCACCGGAGGCAUAAUUGACCCAGUCCAUAGUCACAGAGUGCCUGUACAGGUGGCCUACCAAAGAGGUUACUUUGAUGAAGAGAUGAACCAGAUUCUGUCUGACCCUGAUGACGACACAAAGGGCUUCUUUGAUCCCAACACAAAAGAGAAUCUCACCUAUCUUCAGCUGAUUGAAAGGUGCAUCACAGAUCCCAUCACAGGCCUUAGCUUACUGGUGAUUGCCAAGAAAGGAGAGUUUUACUUCUUUGUUGAUGAGGCAACAAAACUCAUUCUGAAAUCCACGACAACAACUAAAGCAGGAGGGAGAUAUCUAGGAACACAAGUGUCUCUGUGGAAUCUGCUCUACUCCAAGUACAUCACUGAGGAGAAGAGGAGAGAGCUUGUGCAGCAAUAUAAGUCUAAAUCAAUCACAAUCGACCGCUUCUUGGAAAUCAUCCUGACAAUCAUUCAGCAGCAGACUGUGUCAACCUCCUCAUCUUCAACUGUCAUGUGCCAACCACCAGAGACAAAUGAGAACUGCAGCUCAACUAAAACCACCAUCACCACUACAGUCACAGAGACAGAUGAAAAUCGAAACUUCCAUGGAAUCAGAAGGGACGUCACUGCUGCAGAGUUACGUGAUUCUAAAAUCAUCAAUGAGGACCUCUUCAAAAGUCUUAUCACUGGGAGUGUCACAGUGACGGAAGUUAGUGAGAUGGAUUCAGUGCGUAAGUACCUUGAGGGGACCAACAGCAUUGCAGGAGUCUACCUGCAGUCUACCGAAGAGACCCUAAGUAUCUAUGAGGCCAAAGGCAAAGGUCUGUUAACUCCUGGUACAUCUCUGAUCCUGCUAGAGGCCCAGGCUGCCACUGGCUUUGUCAUAGACCCAGUGAACAACAAGAAACUUUCUGUAGAGGAAGCUGUGGCUCAAAAAGUGGUCGGCUGUGAGUGGAAAAACAAACUGCUUUCAGCUGAAAGGGCAGUUACAGGAUACAUAGAUCCCUACACUGGAGACACAAUUUCCUUGUUCCAGGCCUUGAAAAAGGAUCUCAUCGUCAAAGAUCAUGGAAUUCGUCUCCUUGAGGCACAAAUUGCCACCGGAGGCAUAAUUGACCCAGUCCAUAGUCACAGAGUGCCUGUACAAGUGGCCUACCAAAGAGGUUACUUUGAUGAAGAGAUGAACCAGAUUCUGUCUGACCCUGAUGACGACACAAAGGGCUUCUUUGAUCCCAACACAAAAGAGAAUCUCACCUAUCUUCAGCUGAUUGAAAGGUGCAUCACAGAUCCCAUCACAGGCCUUAGCUUACUGGUGAUUGCCAAGAAAGGAGAGUUUUACUUCUUUGUUGAUGAGGCAACAAAACUCAUUCUGAAAUCCACGACAACAACUAAAGCAGGAGGGAGAUAUCUAGGAACACAAGUGUCUCUGUGGAAUCUGCUCUACUCCAAGUACAUCACUGAGGAGAAGAGGAGAGAGCUUGUGCAGCAAUAUAAGUCUAAAUCAAUCACAAUCGACCGCUUCUUGGAAAUCAUCCUGACAAUCAUUCAGCAGCAGACUGUGUCAACCUCCUCAUCUUCAACUGUCAUGUGCCAACCACCAGAGACAAAUGAGACCAGCAGCUCAACUAAAACCACCAUCACCACUACAGUCACAGAGACAGAUGAAAAUCGAAACUUCCAUGGAAUCAGAAGGGACGUCACUGCUGCAGAGUUACGUGAAUCUAAAAUCAUCAAUGAGGACCUCUUCAAAAGUCUUAUCACUGGGAGUGUCACAGUGACGGAAGUUAGUGAGAUGGAUUCAGUGCGUAAGUACCUUGAGGGGACCAACAGCAUUGCAGGAGUCUACCUGCAGUCUACCGAAGAGACCCUAAGUAUCUAUGAGGCCAAAGGCAAAGGUCUGUUAACUCCUGGUACAUCUCUGAUCCUGCUAGAGGCCCAGGCUGCCACUGGCUUUGUCAUAGACCCAGUGAACAACAAAAAACUUUCUGUAGAGGAAGCUGUGGCUCAAAAAGUGGUCGGCUGGGAGUGGAAAAACAAACUGCUUUCAGCUGAAAGGGCAGUUACAGGAUACAUAGAUCCCUACACUGGAGACACAAUUUCCUUGUUCCAGGCCUUGAAAAAGGAUCUCAUUGUCAAGGAUCAUGGAAUUCGUCUCCUUGAGGCACAAAUUGCCACCGGAGGCAUAAUUGACCCAGUCCAUAGUCACAGAGUGCCUGUACAGGUGGCCUACCAAAGAGGUUACUUUGAUGAAGAGAUGAACCAGAUUCUGUCUGACCCUGAUGACGACACAAAGGGCUUCUUUGAUCCCAACACAAAACAGAAUCUCACCUAUCUUCAGCUGAUUGAAAGGUGCAUCACAGAUCCCAUCACAGGCCUUAGCUUACUGGUGAUUGCCAAGAAAGGAGAGUUUUACUUCUUUGUUGAUGAGGCAACAAAACUCAUUCUGAAAUCCACAACAACAACUAAAGCAGGAGGGAGAUAUCUAGGAACACAAGUGUCUCUGUGGAAUCUGCUCUACUCCAAGUACAUCACUGAGGAGAAGAGGAGAGAGCUUGUGCAGCAAUAUAAGUCUAAAUCAAUCACAAUCGACCGCUUCUUGGAAAUCAUCCUGACAAUCAUUCAGCAGCAGACCGUGUCAACCUCCUCAUCUUCAACUGUCAUGUGCCAACCACCAGAGACAAAUGAGAACAGCAGCUCAACUAAAACCACUAUCACCACUACAGUCACAGAGACAGAUGAAAAUCGAAACUUCCAUGGAAUCAGAAGGGACGUCACUGCUGCAGAGUUACGUGAUUCUAAAAUCAUCAAUGAGGACCUCUUCAAAAGUCUUAUCACUGGGAGUGUCACAGUGACGGAAGUUAGUGAGAUGGAUUCAGUGCGUAAGUACCUUGAGGGGACCAACAGCAUUGCAGGAGUCUACCUGCAGUCUACCGAAGAGACCCUAAGUAUCUAUGAGGCCAAAGGCAAAGGUCUGUUAACUCCUGGUACAUCUCUGAUCCUGCUAGAGGCCCAGGCUGCCACUGGCUUUGUCAUAGACCCAGUGAACAACAAGAAACUUUCUGUAGAGGAAGCUGUGGCUCAAAAAGUGGUCGGCUGUGAGUGGAAAAACAAACUGCUUUCAGCUGAAAGGGCAGUUACAGGAUACAUAGAUCCCUACACUGGAGACACAAUUUCCUUGUUCCAGGCCUUGAAAAAGGAUCUCAUUGUCAAGGAUCAUGGAAUUCGUCUCCUUGAGGCACAAAUUGCCACCGGAGGCAUAAUUGACCCAGUCCAUAGUCACAGAGUGCCUGUACAGGUGGCCUACCAAAGAGGCUACUUUGAUGAAGAGAUGAACCAGAUUCUGUCUGACCCUGAUGACGACACAAAGGGCUUCUUUGAUCCCAACACAAAAGAGAAUCUCACCUAUCUUCAGCUGAUUGAAAGGUGCAUCACAGAUCCCAUCACAGGCCUUAGCUUACUGGUGAUUGCCAAGAAAGGAGAGUUUUACUUCUUUGUUGAUGAGGCAACAAAACUCAUUCUGAAAUCCACGACAACAACUAAAGCAGGAGGGAGAUAUCUAGGAACACAAGUGUCUCUGUGGAAUCUGCUCUACUCCAAGUACAUCACUGAGGAGAAGAGGAGAGAGCUUGUGCAGCAAUAUAAGUCUAAAUCAAUCACAAUCGACCGCUUCUUGGAAAUCAUCCUGACAAUCAUUCAGCAGCAGACCGUGUCAACCUCCUCAUCUUCAACUGUCAUGUGCCAACCACCAGAGACAAAUGAGAACAGCAGCUCAACUAAAACCACUAUCACCACUACAGUCACAGAGACAGAUGAAAAUCGAAACUUCCAUGGAAUCAGAAGGGACGUCACUGCUGCAGAGUUACGUGAUUCUAAAAUCAUCAAUGAGGACCUCUUCAAAAGUCUUAUCACUGGGAGUGUCACAGUGACGGAAGUUAGUGAGAUGGAUUCAGUGCGUAAGUACCUUGAGGGGACCAACAGCAUUGCAGGAGUGUACCUGCAGUCUACCGAAGAGACCCUAAGUAUCUAUGAGGCCAAAGGCAAAGGUCUGUUAACUCCUGGUACAUCUCUGAUCCUGCUAGAGGCCCAGGCUGCCACUGGCUUUGUCAUAGACCCAGUGAACAACAAGAAACUUUCUGUAGAGGAAGCUGUGGCUCAAAAAGUGGUCGGCUGUGAGUGGAAAAACAAACUGCUUUCAGCUGAAAGGGCAGUUACAGGAUACAUAGAUCCCUACACUGGAGACACAAUUUCCCUGUUCCAGGCCUUGAAAAAGGAUCUCAUCGUCAAAGAUCAUGGAAUUCGUCUCCUUGAGGCACAAAUUGCCACCGGAGGCAUAAUUGACCCAGUCCAUAGUCACAGAGUGCCUGUACAGGUGGCCUACCAAAGAGGUUACUUUGAUGAAGAGAUGAACCAGAUUCUGUCUGACCCUGAUGACGACACAAAGGGCUUCUUUGAUCCCAACACAAAAGAGAAUCUCACCUAUCUUCAGCUGAUUGAAAGGUGCAUCACAGAUCCCAUCACAGGCCUUAGCUUACUGGUGAUUGCCAAGAAAGGAGAGUUUUACUUCUUUGUUGAUGAGGCAACAAAACUCAUUCUGAAAUCCACGACAACAACUAAAGCAGGAGGGAGAUAUCUAGGAACACAAGUGUCUCUGUGGAAUCUGCUCUACUCCAAGUACAUCACUGAGGAGAAGAGGAGAGAGCUUGUGCAGCAAUAUAAGUCUAAAUCAAUCACAAUCGACCGCUUCUUGGAAAUCAUCCUGACAAUCAUUCAGCAGCAGACCGUGUCAACCUCCUCAUCUUCAACUGUCAUGUGCCAACCACCAGAGACAAAUGAGAACAGCAGCUCAACUAAAACCAUCAUCACCACUACAGUCACAGAGACAGAUGAAAGUCUAAACUUCCAUGGAAUCAGAAGGGACGUCACUGCUGCAGAGUUACGUGAAUCUAAAAUCAUCAAUGAGGACCUCUUCAAAAGUCUUAUCACUGGGAGUGUCACAGUGACGGAAGUUAGUGAGAUGGAUUCAGUGCGUAAGUACCUUGAGGGGACCAACAGCAUUGCAGGAGUCUACCUGCAGUCUACCGAAGAGACCCUAAGUAUCUAUGAGGCCAAAGGCAAAGGUCUGUUAACUCCUGGUACAUCUCUGAUCCUGCUAGAGGCCCAGGCUGCCACUGGCUUUGUCAUAGACCCAGUGAACAACAAGAAACUUUCUGUAGAGGAAGCUGUGGCUCAAAAAGUGGUCGGCUGUGAGUGGAAAAACAAACUGCUUUCAGCUGAAAGGGCAGUUACAGGAUACAUAGAUCCCUACACUGGAGACACAAUUUCCUUGUUCCAGGCCUUGAAAAAGGAUCUCAUUGUCAAGGAUCAUGGAAUUCGUCUCCUUGAGGCACAAAUUGCCACCGGAGGCAUAAUUGACCCAGUCCAUAGUCACAGAGUGCCUGUACAGGUGGCCUACCAAAGAGGUUACUUUGAUGAAGAGAUGAACCAGAUUCUGUCUGACCCUGAUGACGACACAAAGGGCUUCUUUGAUCCCAACACAAAAGAGAAUCUCACCUAUCUUCAGCUGAUUGAAAGGUGCAUCACAGAUCCCAUCACAGGCCUUAGCUUACUGGUGAUUGCCAAGAAAGGAGAGUUUUACUUCUUUGUUGAUGAGGCAACAAAACUCAUUCUGAAAUCCACGACAACAACUAAAGCAGGAGGGAGAUAUCUAGGAACACAAGUGUCUCUGUGGAAUCUGCUCUACUCCAAGUACAUCACUGAGGAGAAGAGGAGAGAGCUUGUGCAGCAAUAUAAGUCUAAAUCAAUCACAAUCGACCGCUUCUUGGAAAUCAUCCUGACAAUCAUUCAGCAGCAGACCGUGUCAACCUCCUCAUCUUCAACUGUCAUGUGCCAACCACCAGAGACAAAUGAGAACAGCAGCUCAACUAAAACCAUCAUCACCACUACAGUCACAGAGACAGAUGAAAGUCUAAACUUCCAUGGAAUCAGAAGGGACGUCACUGCUGCAGAGUUACGUGAUUCUAAAAUCAUCAAUGAGGACCUGUUCAAAAGUCUUAUCUCUGGGAGUGUCACAGUGACGGAAGUUAGUGAGAUGGAUUCAGUGCGUAAGUACCUUGAGGGGACCAACAGCAUUGCAGGAGUCUACCUGCAGUCUACCGAAGAGACCCUAAGUAUCUAUGAGGCCAAAGGCAAAGGUCUGUUAACUCCUGGUACAUCUCUGAUCCUGCUAGAGGCCCAGGCUGCCACUGGCUUUGUCAUAGACCCAGUGAACAACAAGAAACUUUCUGUAGAGGAAGCUGUGGCUCAAAAAGUGGUCGGCUGUGGGUGGAAAAACAAACUGCUUUCAGCUGAAAGGGCAGUUACAGGAUACAUAGAUCCCUACACUGGAGACACAAUUUCCUUGUUCCAGGCCUUGAAAAAGGAUCUCAUUGUCAAAGAUCAUGGAAUUCGUCUCCUUGAGGCACAAAUUGCCACCGGAGGCAUAAUUGACCCAGUCCAUAGUCACAGAGUGCCUGUACAGGUGGCCUACCAAAGAGGUUACUUUGAUGAAGAGAUGAACCAGAUUCUGUCUGACCCUGAUGACGACACAAAGGGCUUCUUUGAUCCCAACACAAAAGAGAAUCUCACCUAUCUUCAGCUGAUUGAAAGGUGCAUCACAGAUCCCAUCACAGGCCUCAGCUUACUUCCUUUACACAAGUGAAGCUUUAUACAAAUAUUUCCUCUUGUGUCUUAUCUGCAUUAUUAGAUUCCUUUAGGGGGCUAUUUAACUCUAAUUUUCUUCAUAAUUCAACCGAAUAUCCCAAGUUGUUGAUAAGGGAAUGAUAAGAAAAAUACACACUCAACGUAUAAACAGUACUGUGCUAAAUAACUCUAGAAAUUGAUUUUUUUAAAUGGUCUUUGCUUCGCUCUGAUAAUAUGCUUUGGUUUUGAUUUUUGAUGACCCUGUACUACACUGAGCCUUUCAUCUAAAUGGGAUCCAGAAAUUGUUCCCUUUCUUACGCACCUUUUAAAUUCCUGUGACAUCAUUGCUUUGUUAUAAAUAUCAAAUGAUCCGAAAAAUCUAAUUGGCCUAAAUAUCUAUAUAAACACUCUAAAACAUAGUUUUAUAGUUUAGCCUUUGUCGUUGACCUAAACAUGGCCGUAACUGCAGUACAAUGCAACAAUCCUCAUUGUACCUAUUAGGAUAUUGUGUUGUGUAAUUUGUUGAAAUAUUGCAUUGUCUUUACACUGAUGUACGUAGAUGUGAUUCUGCACAGCAUACUUUUACCUGGCCUAUAGAACCAUAUGUUAUUUAGGCAACUGCUUUUCUCACCGAAAUAUAUUGUUUGUCAAGUUGACCGCACCUUGAAGAAAACAACACUUUUAUAGCUUUUUUGUAUUUUUGGAAAACCUAUCCUGCUUAAACUGUCAAUUUGUGGCCCAAUAAACAAGUGAGAUAAGA